AUGGAGACUCACAGGAAGCAUCUGGUAGAAGAAGUGAGGGGUCUUCGGGGGCAGCUAGAAACGUGCCAGAGGGAAGCGGAGGCUGCACAGAAAGAGGCUGAGCAAGCCCUCAGAGAGCGGGACCAGACCCUGGUUCAGCUUCAGGCCCAGGUGGCAGACAUGGAGGCCAAGUAUGAGGAAAUCUUACAUGACAGCCUGGACCAACUCUUGGCCAAGCUAAAAGCCAUCAAGCCCCAGUGGGAUGGGACUGUGCUGAGUCUCCAUGCUAUGCCCAAGGAGCAGCUGUACCAGUUUGGACUCAACCCCCUGGAUCUUUGA